GGUCAUUUGAUUUUACUCUACACUCAAGACUGCUCCUCUCUGUACGCUGAAACAGAUUGGAGCCAUGGCUUUGGAACACAACCAGUCAACAGAUUACUAUGAUGGGGAAAAUGAAGUGAAUGGCACUCAUGACUAUAGUCAGUAUGAAGUGAUCUGUAUAAAAGAGGAAGUCAGAAAAUUUGCAAAAGUUUUCUUGCCUGCCUUCUUCACAAUAGCUUUCAUCAUUGGAAUUGCAGGCAAUUCCAUAGUUGUGGCAAUUUAUGCCUAUUACAAGAAGCAGAGAACCCAAACAGAUGUGUACAUCCUGAACUUGGCAGUGGCAGAUUUACUCCUUCUAUUCACUCUGCCUUUUUGGGCAGUUAAUGCAGUUCAUGGAUGGGUGUUAGGGACAAUCAUGUGCAAAGUCACUUCAGCCUUGUACACAGUCAACUUCGUCUCUGGAAUGCAGUUUCUGGCUUGUAUCAGCAUAGACAGAUACUGGGCAGUAACUAAAGCCCCAGGUCAAACAGGAGUGGGGAAACCAUGCUGGCUUAUCUGUUCCUGUGUCUGGACGGCUGCCAUCUUGCUGAGUAUACCUCAGCUGGUUUUUUACACAGUAAAUGACAAGGUUAGGUGCAUUCCCACCUUUCCAUAUCACCUAGGAACCUCAGUGAAAGCAUCAAUUCAAAUGCUGGAAAUCUGCAUCGGAUUUGUAAUACCCUUUCUUAUUAUGGGAGUGUGCUACUUUGUCACAGCAAGGACACUCAUCAGGAUGCCCAACAUUAAAAAAUCUCGACCCCUCAAAGUUCUGCUCACAGUGGUUAUAGUUUUCAUUGUCACUCAGCUGCCUUAUAACAUUGUCAGGUUCUGCCAAGUCAUAGACAUCAUCUACUCCCUGAUCACUGACUGCGACAUGAGCAAACGCAUGGAUGUUGCCGUCCAAAUCACGGAGAGCAUUGCACUCUUUCACAGCUGCCUCAACCCAAUCCUGUAUGUUUUCAUGGGAGCCUCUUUUAAAAACUACAUUAUGAAAGUUGCUAAGAAAUAUGGGUCCUGGAGAAGACAAAGACAAAACGUGGAGGAGAUUCCUUUUGAUUCAGAAGAUCCUACAGAGCCAACCAGUACUUUUAGCAUUUAAAUGUAACACUGCUAUCUCUUGCUUCGAUACACAUGAAUGCUGCUUCUCCUUCAGAUAAAACAUCUGCUUUAUUCUGAAACUUAAAUCUCAAACACCGUGGUGCCAAUUUACAGCAAUCAAGAGGUGGGGGGAGGAUGGGGAGAAUAUAGCAACCAGGAAGAGGAGGAAACGAAAUAAUAAAUGCACAAAACAUGAACUUAAAAUUAACAAUAUAGGAAAAUAGUAUUAACAGGCAUAAAUAAUAAAAACAGUAUGCUAUGAAUUAGGCCAUCUGAAACAGAUUAAUAAAAAGGCUUAUAUUAAGGAGCAUUUCUAAUUAUUUUAAAUGAUCUAAAUUUUAAUGUAAGAAUGAUCUCACUGCAUAAUUUCAGUACUUGAAUAACUAUACAGCAAAAUUUAAUCCUUUUUUCCUAUUUCUUAGUUUGUGAUUUCCUAAGACCCCAGAAAGAAUAACAAUUUAACAAUUAAGAAAUUAUAUAAAUAGCUUUACUGGCCCUUUUAAUACACCCCUGGUAAUUUUUUUUUUCUUUUUAUCCCUGGUAAAUUUCUGAACAUACAAUUUGCUUCCAUGAUGUCAAUUUUCUUUAGUAAUAAACUGGUUAUCCUGUUAGAUUUACAUGUAUACUCUAGAAGCAAUCUUUAGAUAAUCAUAUUUACCUAGAUGCCAAUUUUGUGACUUCCUAAAGGGCUCAUCCAUUUAUGUGAGUCUGUUACUGAGGGUUGAAUAACCAAUACGUAUUCUUAUGUAUAGAUUCUUACUAUUUUACUUAAGCACUUGCAUUUUUAAGCAAUAAAAGUAUGUGACACAA